AGCCCAUGACACAAUCUCAGUCAUUGCAAUGUAUUAGACGUCGGCAACAAACAUGUGAUCGCCGAUCAGCUAACCAAACAAGUAAUAGUCAGUCGGUUAACCAAACAUCAUGCUCUCCACUACUACGAUUGUCUGCCAUUUAUGUGUCGCCUUGGGUAGCACCCCAACCGACAAAAUGUCGUUACUGUGGUGCAUUAUUAUUCCACCGUGAGGAUAAAACCCUAUGUUGUGCUGGUGGGAAGUUUUCCUUACCCCUAUUGGACAUGCCACCUCCCUUGCAAGACCUUUUCCUUAAUCGCCAUGAACUAUCAUCUCAUUUUCGUACCUAUGUUAGGACUUAUAAUAACUCUUUUGCUUUCUCUACGUUAGGAGUUCACUAUGACGUAUCUUUAUGUAAUAAUGAUCACAACUUAUAUAUAUUUCGUGUUAACAAUACAAUUCACCAUUUCAUUAACUCAUUGCUCCCCUCAACAAAUGUACGGAGAAACCUGCAACUUUAUUACUAUGAUCCUACACAAGAGCUUGCCACACGUUUGAGUAAUUACCCUACUUUACAUCCAUCUAUUGUUACAAUCUUGAUUGAGUUGUCUCAUCUGAACCCUUAUGCAAGUUUAUUCCGUCAAUUGUAUACAAUGCCUUGUCUUGAUAACUAUAAAAUAUUUCUAAAAACCUCCAAUCGAUUAGAUCGAAGAGUGUAUAAUCUUCCACGGGUUGAUGAUAUAUCAAUUAUAUGGCAAGAUGGGUCUUCAGAUUGUCCCCAAUUAUCUAGAGACAUACAAGUAUAUCCGGUUGAUGGUUCUGUGAAAAAGGUUGAUUAUUAUUCUUAUGCCUAUGAUCCUGUUCAAUAUCCAUUGAUCCAUCCUUUUGGCCAGCCAGGUUGGUAUCAAGGUAUUGUGAAAAAUUCUGCUACAUCUUCGUCUUCCUCUACAUAGUCAACACCUAAUUUAUUAGCAGAGUCGUUUUAUACUGAACAAGUUGACCUAUCAAUAAAUAGCUCCUCAGAUUACAAUAUGCAAUUAGGGUGUAAUAAACACCGGAUGGACAAGAGUCAUGUCUCUAUUAGAGAAUACUAUGCAUAUCGUCUACAAAUACGGCCUACAAGUCCUACUUUACUAUUACAUACUGGCCGUUUGUUACAACAAUAUAUAACUGACCAGUCCAUAAAAAUAGAAACUCAAAGGCUAGAUUUUUUCAGGUCUGAACAAGUGCAAAAACAACACCGUCACGACACCAUGCAGGGUAUUCUAGAUGCUUUUAACCAAUCCCAACAUGAACCGUUAUCUAUGAUUGGACAACCAGUUGUCCUUCCAUCUUUUUUCAUUGGUGGUCCCCGUGACAUGCAACAAAGAUAUAUGAAUGCUAUGGCUCUUGUACAAGAAUUUGGUAAGCCUGAUUUUUUCCUUACAAUCACUUGUAAUCCACAAUGGCCAGAGAUUCAAGAAGUCUUAGAACCAUUUGAAUUAUCAACUGAUAGACCUGACAUUGUUGCUCGAGUGUUUAGAAUGAAACUUGAAGAACUAAAAAACGAACUCUUCAAACAACACUUGCUAGGUAAAGUGCAGGCGUAUUCAUAUGUCAUUGAGUUUCAAAAAAGAGGAUUGCCACAUGCCCAUAUGUUACUUAUCAUGUUUCCACAAUUUAAAUUACACAACCCGACAAGUUACGACAAAUUUAUAUCUGCAGAACUUCCUAAUAGUAACUUAAACCCCUACUUAUUGCAAUUGGUCUUGAAACAUAUGAUGCAUGGUCCUUGUGGCUCUCAAAACCCAACUAAUGUGUGCAUGGUUGAUGGACAAUGUAAGAAUCAUUACCCAAAGGAAUUUGUGGAUGAAACAAUUCAUACUCCAAAUGGAUAUCCUAAGUAUAAAAGACAAAAUAAUGGCAUUUUUGUUAUUGUGCGUGGACGUACUUUGGACAACCGUUGGGUGGUACCAUAUAAUCCAUAUUUACUUGCUAAGUUUGAUUGUCAUAUAAACUUGGAAGUAUGCUCGAGUGUCAAACUUGUAAAAUAUCUCUACAAAAAUAUGUGUAUAAAGGUCAUGAUCGGGUUGCCUAUACUGUGGGCUCAGUAACACCCGACACACCUCGUGAUGAGAUUAUUGAUUUCCAAACUGGCCGUUGGGUUGCUCCACCUGAAGCUUGUUGGCGUAUUUUUGCAUUCCCCUUGACAGAUAUGCACCCUCCUGUACUUGCUCUACAAUUGCAUUUACCUAAUUUUCAGUACACUUCAUUCAAAGUAACAUACUCUUUACAAGAUGUUGUAACAAAUGCACGUGCCCACAAAACUAUGCUUACUGAAUUCUUUGUCAUGAAUGCAACCAACGCAUAUGCCAAGGCACUUAAUCUACUUUACAAAGAGUUCUCAAAACAUUUUGUAUGGGAUCGAGUACACAAUAAUUGGAAUUUUCGCAAACAAGGUUCAAUAGUAAGGAGGAUUGUUACAGCAAGGCCAACUGACCAAGAAAGAUAUUUUCUUCGCCUUCUUUUGCAGUACCUUCGUGCUCCUGUAUCAUACGAGGACUUAAGAACAGUUGAUGGUGUUAUACAUGAUUCAUUUAGAAAUGCAUGAAGUAAGGGCUAAACCAAGAGAUCUACGAGGGUUCGGGGUAAUGGGCACCCGACCACAAAAGACGUUCGGAAAAUAGAGUCUCAGCCAAAGCUCCAAAAACCAAAAAGGACCAGACGCAGCUGUGUCCGCCCUCUUCGUAUCUACUAGACGGUCGCUAACUCUGGAUAACCCCUCAUACAAAUUGGCCAAAAAGAGGGUCCCUAAAGAAAAGAAGUGACCAGUGGCUAAGUGGAUGGCUAAGUCAAGUUGCGAGGUCAAGAUUGAUUUGGAGGGAGAAAGAAUUACAUAUCUGAAGAAAGGAGCAGAAAAGAAGGUUCAAUAUAAAAACAAAUAUAUAAAAAAAUGAAUUACAUAGAGGAAAUUCUAUACCUGCAUAGCCAGAACAGCAGAAAAGCGGUGUGCUCCAAAGCAGUUACUGGAUAACCCUCUGUACCCCGAAAGCGGAGGACAAAGUUGGUCCAGCCGCGUUCCCUCUCAGGUAUGCGCGCAAGCGACCAACCUUCAUGGUCGGGCGCUGGUUCUUGCCCAUCCAACGACCCAAGGACAGGGUCGUCACCAACCACGGGGAGGUGGGCAAUCAUAGCCACAUCAAUCAGGGUUGGGCCCAUGGGGCCAGUUGGGAGAAGGAAAACACCCAGUUGGGCAUUCCAAAAGGCAGCCAUAGCAAAGAGAACUUUGUCGUGAAGAUACAACGGUUGAGUCGCUAGAAAAAUGGCCUUAUCAAUCCCUUGCCGUUGCCAUUAUUCAUGAAAAAUAGGAUAUAGCCUCGAAUACCACGAACGAAAGGCAUCUUUGGGAUCGGUAAGAUGUGUUUUAAUAUGAUCAUUAAUGCGUUCGGGUUUGAAAUCAGGACUAUUAAUAGCUAAGGGAGUUACAGAACAGAUAAUACUCUUCAUACGAACAACAUCCUCAGAAGAUGUACAAUAAGGACGAACAGUGGGAGUAAGAACAGCAGAAGAAACAAAAGGGAUUUCUGGAUAUGAACCAUCAAAAGGUAGAGCUGGGACGUACUGGUUAGCCAUGGUUGAAAGCAGCAAAGCGUGAAAACAUGAAGACAAAGUAUUGGAUCGCAAAAGCAGAAAAGCAAUUACAAUGCAUAAGGAAAAAGAUGAAGACGAAGGGGAUUUAAGUAAGGUUUUCCUGCAAAAGCCCCUAAUUAAACACCGUAAUGAUCAUCUGACUCCCUCAACAAAUCACAUCUCACACUGAUCGAGAAAUUACGGCAGGGAGUUACGGCAGGGAGUCCGGCGGGAAAAGCCAAAUUGUUAAAUAAUUUAGGGUUUAUAUUAUUUUGUAAAAAAUAAUUUUUUAACAAAAUAGAAAAAAAUUAUCGAAAGAAAAAUAUAUAUAUUUUUUAAAUUCGUUGGUUCCACAAAUAUAAAAAAUAUAAAUUUAUAUAAUUUAUUAUAUUUUUUUCUCUCAUCAUUCUAUCCCAAACGACUACCUACCGGACGUUUCUUCUUCUUUUCAUACGACUAAUUAAGUAUAUAUAUGAUC